AUGGCUGAAUCAGAUGACCAAACUUGUUUUGAAAAGUUGGUCCUUUAUAAAAACGCACAACAUUGGUUUUGCUCUGGAUUGCUUGACCAAUAUAUUCGUCCAAUCUUCUUAUGGAUGGCUAAGCAGCCUUCCCCAUGUUUUGAAUGGGUACUGAAGUGUUACGAUGAGCGGUUGUGCGGUUGUACCUCUUGCAUUCAAUCAUUUUAUCACCUGAGGGAUGAAGCUUUGGCGAAAUUUUCGUAUCUUUAUUCUGGAGAUUCUAUGGCAACCCUAGAAAGACGUUGGGACGACUGGAUGCUUGAUAGUACACUUUCCAACUUUAAAAACGUGGAAGAAACAACACUCGAUUUCACUGCCCUUCCUUCCUUGGUGUUCAAUGUCUUCCUCAAUCCUCGUCUUAUGAGAAAUCAAGAGGCAUAUUGCCAAGCAUUAAAUGGAUUUGCUGAUCUUGUUUCCGACUGGUCUUCUGGCGUUUUCCUCCCUGGAUUUUUUGUCAUGUUUUUUGAAGAGACUUACUCUGAAGUCCAUGAGUAUAUUACCGAUUUUCUCAAGAAAACAGAAAAUCUUCAUUUGACCUCUGAAGUUUUUGACGACGUCUUCUCAAUAAUUUUAUACCAGCAAACCGAUGAAGAUAAAUCUUCCCUUCUCUCACCCUGUUCUUCUGAGUUUUGGAAGCGUGCUUCUACGCUCUUUCAGCUACUUCCGCUCAAUUGUGUCACAACUUUAUGUGAAUCCCACUUCCGUGAUUUUUUUAUCACCGAACUUGAGGAUGAGGCUUUUUCGGAUGAGAAGUUUGCUUGCUUAAAAAUUUUUUCCAAUUCUCCUUCUUUUUGGUUCGCAUCCGACAUUUUUGAUCAAUUAGAGGGUUAUCUUCAAAAACUGUUGGCGAAUGUUACAGUCGUCGAUGACGUUAAUGCUUCAUCUUGUGGAUGGGCUUAUGUGUUGGCUUCAUUAUUUAGAUUUUGUUUGAACGAUUUUGUUCUGAUCUUCCCCUCUUGGCUAAAAACUUUUGUCCAUGACGACAAAGUUGUUGAUUUUAUCAUCUAUGCUUCAUUCUAUGCUUUAUUUGAUCUUUUAUCAUUAGAUAAUAGCUCCCCACAUUCCUUGAAUGAGGUUUUGUUAUUGAUUGACAACAAAAAUAUCAAUCUUUUUAGUCAAGAGUCGGAUUACUUGAAUAAUCUUAAAGUUCGGUCCCUACUUUAUGACAUUUUAUUCAUUAGUUGGGCUCAUAAAGCUCUUACUAAAGAUCCGUCCUUUAUCUUUGAUCCCACUUACAAGGUGUCUCCAUUUUGGAAUUCGAUUGAUUUCAAGGAUGUGAAUUAUACAAGUCGAUUCUUUGAAGGAUUAUCAACCUGCUACUUUGUUCAUGACAUUGAGCUUUCAGAGUCAACCACGCCUGAAAAGUCUGUGGUUUUGUUCUCUGAAAUAUGGCAAACCUUAUCAAGUCACAUAAGCUCAUUUUUACAGUCUUUUUCGCAAAGGGACUCUCCAGAAGUGGCCAGCUACAUGCAAAAUGACUUGAUUUUUGAUACCGUUUUGGGAUUUUUACUAUCACCAUCUCAACAACUCUAUGCUGACGCUUUUCGUAUUUUCCAGUCGUUUUUUGGAAAAGUUAAAAACAAGAAUGAAGUAAUGAAGAAGCUAGUUGAAGAUCAUUUCCGUGGCAUUGUUCACGGACUGGUUGAUGCAUCCCUUCAUUGGCAGUCAGCUUUCACAUUUUUUCCCGCUCUUCGAAUAAUGCGUUUUGUCAGCAAUAUUAACAAAUUGUUUUCAACCAACAAUAAAGUUUGGAACGAAAAUGAUUUAUCAACUUUAGGUGCUUACUGGCAAUGUGUUUGGAAUAUUUUAGACCUUGUUCACUCGAACGUUGCAAGGUGGUCAUUGUGUAACUCAAACGAUACCGUCAAAGCAUCGAUGAAGUUAGCUUUGAAAUUAAGCAUGGACCUUUUUCAAAAUGAUGGUCUUUUCAUAAAGUUCCUUGCCAAAUUCGAUGGUUUAGUUUUACUUGGUGAAACAAGUGAUGCUCUAUUUUCGUUAACUACCUGGCUUAAAAUUAAUGAUUUAGAAAUGAGAGAGCAAGUUAUCGACAGUUUGUGUAUGCUUUUUGUUAAAUACUCAAACUUUGAUUAUCUAUUUGAAGAUCGUACUAUAAAUUUCUUGACUGAUUUCAUAAUUAGGAAGCAAAAAGCACAUUUAUCGGCUGACCAAUGCAAACGCCUCGCGGAAGUGAUUGUUCAAGCAAGUCCUGAGGCUAAAAGUAUUUUGGAUGAAAACCGUCUUGCAGAAGCUCGCAAGACUAAAAAACAAACCGAAUUGGUUAGCGGUAACCAGUUCAACAAAAAACCGGAACCGCCAAAGAGAGAAAAGACUCAAAAUGUUUCUGCACCGACUGAUAAAAAAACUUCUACUCCUCGUAUGAAAAUGUUGGAUCAAUUACGACAAGAGUAUAUUGCGCGUCGUGCUGGUCAUUUUGCUGCGCGAGAUGCAGCCGUGUCUUCCAGAAAAGCAACAUUCGAAAACCAAAAGCCCCCCACCAAUUUAUUGACUGAGCAAGAUUCUGAUAAUGAGGAGGUCGAUGAGAGUGAUAGGAAAGAAGGAUUGUUUUCACUAGCUAAGGCUAACAAGGUACCUGAAAUUCGUCAAGCGGAACGUAGGCAAAUACAGCUUUUGUCUACACCCAAAAACCAAUUACAUCCUUCUCAAGCACGAAUACUAUCUAAUCGAAAUGCAGCUAAUACAAAGGCUCGUCUAUUUCCUAACAUGUCUGAAUUUUAUAGCGAAAUUUUGACAUGGAAUCCCAGUUAUGAAGCUGCUUCUCCUAUACUGAAGUAUCAUAAAUCUGAAGGAAAAAUUGCUGAUACAUUCAGAAGUAUUGACCAAUAUAUGGAUGUUUUGCAGCCUAUGAUUUUCAUGGAAUGUUGGAGUCAAAUCCAGGCUACCAAGAAGAAUUUGAAAUUUUCCCCUGUAGAGGGUAUUAUGAUUCAGAGAACGGCUGUGAAUAACUUUGUCGAUAUUGGGAUUUCAGUAGCCCCCAAAGACCUCUAUGGUUAUCCGCUUUUUGAUACUGAAAUUGUCUCUCUAGCUUUUUCAAGAGAAGAAGCACAUUCCAUGAAGGGUCUCUGUUGUUUUGCUAAAAUUGAAAAAAUCGUCCGACAAGAAAACGGAACUUUGGUAAUCGUGAGGACUCUUCCAAAAUUGGAAAUGUUAAAUAAGCUUCAAGGAAAUGUACCUUUGUAUUUCUUGAAAUUAACAAACUUAUCAACGUUCACUAGACAAUAUGCUGCAAUUCGAGGAUUGCCUUAUUAUCAUAUGGCAGAUGAUAUCGUUCAAGCAAAACCUUGUUCGCAACCAAUUAAACAUUCUCCUAGCGAAAUCAAAGGAGCCAUGAGCCGUUACCAAGUUAACGAUCCACAGGCAAAAGCAAUUUUGUCUUCCCUGGACAACAGUGGCUUUACUUUAAUUCAAGGUCCUCCUGGUACGGGUAAAACGAAGACAAUUAUCGGUAUCGUCACGGCUUUAUUAGUUGAUUCAAAUCGAUAUCAUAUUACUCGGCCCGGUGCUCAAAACAGUAGUACCGAGCCUAAACAACAGAUGUUGCUAUGUGCUCCCAGUAAUGCUGCUGUUGAUGAAGUUUUACUUCGGUUGAAACGCGGUUUUACUCUUAGCAAUGGCGAACAUUACGCUCCGAAGGUUGUUCGUAUUGGUAACCCUGAAACAAUAAACGUUUCUGUACGGGAUACUUCAUUAGAAUAUCAGACAGAAAAGCAACUUCUUGAAGUUAACCAGGGAGCAGUAGACCUUGGAUCUCUCCAGGAACUUACACGUUGGCGUGAUGUUUUCUAUAACUGUAUACAGAAAAUCGAGGACCUCGAAAAGCAAAUAGACGUUGCAAGAGAUAUGGAAGAAGAUACGAAAGCUUUGGGUCAAGAAUUACAGAACAGCAUUAAUGAGAAGAAUUUAGCAGAGCAAAAAAUUGAGGAGUUCCAAAGUCAGAGUUUUACGAAAAACAAAGAGGUCGAUCAUUUGCGCAAAAAGGCUCAAAAAGCUAUUUUGAAACAGGCGGAUGUUGUUUGUGCUACUUUAUCUGGUAGUGGUCAUGAUUUAGUUGCACACAGUUUUCUAAACUUUUCGACUGUUAUCAUUGACGAGGCAGCUCAAGCCGUAGAACUUGAUACUAUUAUACCCUUACGUUAUGGUGCUAAGAAAUGUAUUCUUGUUGGUGAUCCUAAUCAAUUACCACCGACAGUUCUGAACCAAAAGGCUGCCAGUUAUAAUUACUCCCAAUCACUGUUUGUUCGUAUUCAGAAAAUUCAUUCCGAACAGAUGUGCUUAUUGAGUAUUCAAUACCGUAUGCAUCCCCAUAUUAGUUAUUUCCCUAGUAUGAAGUUUUACGAUUGUCGUCUUAAAGAUGGAGAAGGAAUGGCUGAAAAGACAAAGCAAGUUUGGCAUUUAAAUGGUCAAUUUAGUCAGUACCGAUUAUUUGAUAUUCGUGGCCAGGAAAAAAUAUCUACAACGUCAUCUUCAUACAAUGUUGAAGAAGUUGGAUAUGUUGUACAAAUGUAUGAAAAAUUGGUUGGAUCUUUCCCGGAUGUCAAUUUUACGGGUAGAAUUGGUGUAAUUACCCCAUAUCGGCAACAACUGCAUGAGUUGCGCAAGGCAUUCAAAGAAAAAUAUGGAAAAACUAUCAUGUCCUCUGUUGAUAUUCAAACUGUAGAUGGUUUCCAGGGUCAGGAAAAAGAUAUUAUCAUCUUCUCAUGUGUCAAAAGCUAUUCUAAAUAUUCAAUUGGUUUCUUGAGAGAUUAUCGUCGUCUUAAUGUAGCCUUAACUCGUGCAAGGAGUUCACUCUUUAUUGUCGGAAACUUGGAAACGCUGAAGACAGAUGAUUUGUGGGGAAGCUUAGUUGACGAUGCCCUACGACGUAAACUAGUCGAAAGUCCUCAUUUGGGCUCUGAUGGACAAUUAAUUCUUGUUAAAAAUUCUAGUGAGAAGCGCCCAAGGCCAAAAGAUUUUGAAGAAUCUUCCGACAAGAAACAAACUAUUUCGAACGGCGUUUCUGAAACAUCAGGAUAA